CGGCACAGGAGUAAAACUAUGAGCAGGUCGCUCCAUUGUGUGAUAGUUUUGAAUGCAAUGUGAGUUUACCAGUGAUAUCUACUCACUCAUUUGUCUUAGUGGACACUGGACUGCUGGCUUCGUAGAUACAUGAAUUUGUUGACCGAUUAACUGAUUUGGUUUUUCUGCAAGCGAAUAUGUUGGCUUGUCCGGAUGGCUAUGAGAGGAGUCUUUAGAUGAAGGUUGAAUCAGACAAAGCCCAACUCAACUAGGAGUGCCAUAACUGGCAUGAAGAACUGACACACUGGAUUUCUAACCACACAGACAAUGGAGACUGCAGAUCAACAAACUAAACUGGCUACACCACAACAUCUUGAAGCAGAGAUUAAGAAUGACUGUAACCCCGCUGUCAGAUCUAAUUCUUGGACACCAGAAAAUGUGGUUUUAACUGUCUCUGUCAAAUCAGAGCCAGACUUGAGUCCUUAUGUUUGCACUGAGAGAUUGUUCUUGGAGAGGGAUGGUUGUAGUCCAGAUGAUCUUCACACUGAACAUGAACUUUUUGACCUCAAAUGUGAGGUUAAGUCAGAAGUGGACACAGAUGAGCAAAUGUCUUUGGAACUUGCAGAAAGAAUUGUGAAUCCAUUUCAGGACUGUAUAACGUCUAAGGUUGAAGCUGAGACUGAUGAAGUGUUUGACAAUAACCCUGACCAUUCAGUGGCCUUUUUAAAUGCCCUCCAAGACGAGAGUGUCCAGGAGGCACAGGGAGUUAACCAUGACACUGAAGUGUUGAAACUGACCGAACCUGAAGAGUCAAUUCAGGAAGGCCGUAUUUGCCAUGUUCUGAGGUACAAGCGCAAGCCUAAAUCUGGAGGCAGAGAAGCUGAUGAACCAAAGACACAACCUGAAAGUUUAAGGGACCACCUUUGCUUGCUGUGUGAGGAAAGCUACAGCAGUGCUGAUACGUUGAAGGCCCACAUGAAGACACACAAUAGUGAGAAACCCUUCGUCUGCCCCACCUGUGGGAAAGCAUUUCUAAAGAGAGCUUACAUGAAAAAACACAUUCGCGUGCACACGGGAGAAAAGCCAUAUGUGUGCCAUCUAUGCGGAAAUGCCUUCUCACGGUCAGAUGCCCUCGCCAAACACAUGCAGAUCCACACUGACAAAAAUGAAGGUGUCCCGAGAAGGCACUCGUGUGAGGUGUGUGGAAAAAGCUUCCCUACGCCAUCCAGACUUUCGUGGCACCAGAAAAGGCACACGGAGCUCAGGCCCUUUACCUGUAAGCAGUGCCACAAGGGAUUCAAAGUGCUGGGUGACCUACGGCAUCACCAGAACAGGACUCAUACGGACGUGAAGCCCCAUGUGUGCAAGAAUUGUGGAUACAGCUUCAGCAGAAGGUGCAGCCUAGAGAAACACCAGCGCACCCACGCAAGACUGAAACCUUACAGCUGCCCGCACUGUCCAAAAUCAUACGGCUCUGAACGAGCGCUGGCAUACCACUUGAAAUCUCAUACUAAUUAAGUAUUUUGUUCAUCACUCACCAUGCAGGGGAGGGGGCCUCUCAGUUGGUAAUUGCUUUACACAUGAUUGUUGCAACAAUUCAGCCAUGACAGAUCUCCAAAUGUAUGAGGAGCGGGUGGUAGAUUGUUAUUCCUACAAACACUUCAGGUCUGGCUUUCUUCAGACAAGAAACAUCACGAUAACACUACGUAAAAUCAGUAAAAAGGGGUAAAUAGGGUAAAGGUAACCCACCUUCAAUAUUCUACAAUUUCAAAAGAUUUAUUUUCCUCAUUUCCUAUUUUGGAAAUCAAAGGAUAUCAAUGUACAAUCUGUAGCUAAAAACUUUAAACAACAUAGGGACAACACAUUUGUUUGAAGAGUGUGCCUAUCUGUACACAGAAAUGUGUUUUCAAUGUAAGUUGUGUUAUUUUCAACAUACUGUGUAACAAAUUAGAAAAAGAAAACACAAACUGUGGACACAGAUGUAUUAUAAACAACACAAAUUGUGUUGCAAAGUUUGGUGACAAACAAAAUCUGGCCACAUUACAGUUUAAAAUUGUUUUAGAUUGGGCGAUAUAGGGGUGCUAUUUAGCUUCUGUUAGCGCAGGUCCAUAGUGAGGAGGGCUGAGGAGAAGCUAGUCGCAGAGGCGCACCUUGUCAACAGGCAAGGCAAGCAACUGCUUGGAGCCCCGAGCCGCUAGGGGGCCCCCGACCUGGUCUCACGUUUGCCGGUGGGUCAAGCGAGAAUUUCGUCCAUAGAGAUUGAAUGAUGUAUUUUGCGUGUUCCUGUCCUGUUGUACAAACAUUACAUCUGUACAUAUGUAGGCCCUAUGCUAUGGCCUUAUAAACAGCGAAUCUGCACAUAUUUAGGCUACUGUGGUAAACGUCA